CCCACAUUGCAGGCAGAUUCUUUACUGUCUGAGCCCCCAGGGAAGCCCAUAUAUAUUUAUAAAUAUUUGAUAUUUUACACACAUAUAUAUGUUAGAGUUCAUUCUGUUACACAGCCAGGGGAAAGAAGUAGGGAAUUAAAUUUCAAGUAAUGAUGUUUUGUCACAUUUUCCAACUUCAAGACUAUGUUCAAAACACUCUGAAGGCUUCCCAGGCUAACUCUACCUGAUUCUGGGCACAAACAGUGACACGGAUCUCGGUAAAUUAGAAUUCAUGAUAAACACACAAACAAUGAAAACUGCCAUAUGGGAGCUUUUUGUCUCUAACCCAAAUGACAUCCAAUUUUGGCUUUUCUGAGUACUGUUUGAGGACACUAUAAUAGCUAGCUUUUCUGAAAGAAACUUGAUUCUAAGUAAAAAUGAUCAGAUAUGAGCUGAUGGGAAAUUCUUACUCAUAAACUAACCAUAGGAAAAAAGCCUCUACCCAAAUAAAGGAGAUAACAAAGGAAGCAGGAGAAAGCAGAUCAAAAGAAUCGGCUGGCAUUUUCAUGGAUAAUUUAACAGGUAACAAGUCUUGUUAGAUAAGAAAAAAAGACUGUGAUUCCUAAACUGGGACCCUUGCCCUGUAAAGUCAGUAAAAUGUGGACUUAAAUAAGGUAGGUAGGUUGGAGAUGAAAAUGGCAACCCACUCCAGUAUUCUUGCCUGGGAAGUCUCAUGGACAGAGGAGCUUGGCAGACUACAGGCCAUGAGGUCACAAAGAGUCGGACACGACUGAGUGACUAAACAACAAAGGUAGGUAAGGUAGGAGGGUGCUGGGGUAGGAACCUGUCUCAAUUUUUUUUUUCCCCAAUGAGCUCCUGAAAGCCCAAGAUAAAUGGGUUUUGAUGAAAGAUGGAGGCAGCCGGCAACCAGAUCCUCUCAUCAUUUGCAUUUCAAGCCUCUAACUUGUGGUCACGUGACAAGCAAAUGAAGAAAAAGGCAAUAACCAUUAACUGGAAAGAAAACACAUAAUUACACUGAGUCAGGAUCACACAGUUGCAGAGAAGGCACCAGUUCUUUAGGAAGAAAUCUGAACAUCAGAGCCAAAGAGGAUGGUGACAGUGAACACAUUUGCGACAGAUAAAGAUACGACCAGGUUUAAGAUCGUCUUCACCUUGGUGGUCUCUGCAAUAGAGUGCAUCAUUGGUAUCGCUGGAAAUGGCUUCAUUACUGUCAUCCAUGGGGCCGAGUGGGUCAGAGGCAAAAGACUCCCCGUUGGUGACUGCAUUCUGCUCAUGCUGAGUUUUUCCAGGCUCUUGCUACAGAUUUGGAUGAUGCUAGAAAACACGUACAGUCUGCUGUUCUGGGUCAUCUACAAUGAAAAAAGAGUAUACAUACUUUUCAAAACCAUUGUCAUGUUUCUGAAUUACUCCAACCUCUGGCUUGCUGCCUGGCUCAAUAUCUUCUAUUGUCUCAGAAUCGCAAGCUUUACUCACCCGUGGUUCUCCGUGGUGAAGAGGAAGGUCAUGGGGCUGAUGCCUGGGCUUGUGAGGCUGUCCUUGUUCUUCUCCUUUUGCUCCAGCUUCCCCUUCUCUAAAGUUAUCUUCAACGUGUACGUGAACAAUUCCGUCCCCGUCCCCUCCUCCAACUCCACUGGGAAGGUGUACUUCUCUGAGACCAACAUGGGCAACUUGGUUACCACCCUUUACCUGGGGAUCUUCAUCCCUCUGAUCAUGUUUAUGUUGGCGGCCACCCUGCUGAUCAUCUCUCUCAAAAGACACACCUUCCACAUGAAAAGCAGCGCCACCGGCUCCAGGGACCCCAGCAUGGAGGCUCACCUGGCGGCCAUCAAAGCCAUCAGCUACUUCCUCAUUUUCUACAUUCUCAAUGCGGUUGCUCUGUUUCUUUCCAUAUCCAACAUCUUUGCCGUCAACAGCUCCUGGAAUAUUUUGUGCAAAAUCAUCAUGGCUGCCUACCCUGCUGGCCACUCAGUGCUAUUGAUCUUGGGCAACCCUGGGCUGAAAAGGGCAUGGAAGCGCUUUCAGCACCAAGCUCAUCUCUGCCUGUAAGGGCAAACCCACAGGGGACCUGCUCCAAUCAAGCUCUGACUUCUCUUCUCCUUGACCUCUCUCCCAACCCAUCUUUUCUUCCCUAAUCUGCUCUGACACUUCUCAGGUAACUGAAUUCGUUCAUGAAUGUGAAGCUGAAUUUUUUAACUUGAGAUUCUAAGUAGAAGUAGCUAAACCACUAAGAUGGAUUUAUGAAAGCUCCUUAAUCUAUGGUCGUUUGCAUCCUGUCCUUAGCUCUUCUCUAUUUCCUCCCCCACUGAACCUUAAGGAGAGGGUAACCAGACAUAUCUGUUUGCCUUGGAUGAGCUCUGUUUGUGCCUGUUGGCAUUUUUCAUCCCUUAAUUCCCAAGGAUAGCUUGGUCUGUAUGAAAAAUUACAUGGUCACCCUACUUAAGAAACCCCACUAACCCACAGUCAAGAAAAAGGAGGGCUAGUGACAAGCAUGGUGUGCAUCUCAAGGGGUAGAAGGGACAUCUGAAUGCCUACAGAAAAAGGGGAUCCAGGAGAGAAAAUCUGGCCCAAAUUUUGAAGUGGUGCAGAAAUUUCAAGGAAAAUGAAAAGUGAAGAAAAAGGCUUUGGACUUGGCUAAAAGAAGGUUGGGCUUCCCUGGUGGCUCAG